AAGGGCACAGAAAAUAAUUAGCCCUCUUCUUCUUCAUCGAGCUUCUGCAAUUCAUCAUCACCAUUUCCAACAGAAAAAAUGAAUGGCAAGUCUGGGAUUUUUGUUGGGAAAAGGAAGAAAGUCUUUCCUCAACGAGAUAUGGAAAACAAAGUAACUGUUGGAACUUCUCAUAGAAGAAAAACAGAACGUAAAAUGGAUUCGGAGACGCAAGAAAAGUUUUCUAAUUCUAGAAAAAAUACUUUACAUGGCGAACGUAGAAAGUUUAACAAUACUGAGAGAAACUCAGAAAGGAAAGUGAAAUGCGUUAAAAUGGGAGAAGAAAAUGUUACUCUAAGAAAACAGAGUGGGAGUAAGCAAAAAACUGAAUUAUUUUCGAAGAAGAAGGUUCAGGAUAAGAGGAAUUUGGGAUUAUCUGAAGAAAGGCCAAAGAAGAAGAAAAAGCGAGGUAUUCGAUUAGAUCGUCAUGAUACCUCCAACAAGAGGCUUGAUGAUGGAGUAACAAGUAUAGAUAACAAUAAGGUAAAGCAAGAAGAUUCAGCAAAAACGAAAACUGUUGGACCGUCGAAGAAUGCACAAUUUCGUGCAAUAUGCCCCAGUCCAUCUAUUCUUUCUUUUGUGGAAGACAACUUGUUGGGUCGUAGACGUGAUAUUCAGUUAAAGAGGGCAGGCUAUAACAUUGAACUCUCUGCUCCGUUAGAUAACAUUCCUUUCUCAACAAGCUCAGAAAGGGAGCGGAUUGAAGAGCCGGUGUUCAGGAAUAGGUUGGAAUUUUUUGCUGCAGCUAAGGUUUCCUCGUCAUUCCCCCCUGCAGAUCUUCCAGAGAUUGCAUUUGCAGGAAGGUCAAACGUGGGAAAGUCAUCUUUACUAAAUGCAUUGACCAGGCAAUGGGGUGUUGUACGUACAUCAGAUAAGCCUGGCCUCACUCAGACUAUUAACUUCUUCACGCUUGGUUCAAAAAUGUGCAUGGUUGAUUUGCCGGGAUAUGGUUUUGCUUAUGCAAAAGAAGAAGUGAAAGAAGCUUGGGAGGAUCUUGUGAAAGAGUAUGUUUCUACACGUCUUGGUCUAAAGAGAGUCUGCCUUCUGAUUGAUACAAAGUGGGGCAUGAAACAAACGGAUCAUGAGCUUGUUGAUUUAAUGGAGAGAGCUCAAACGAAAUUCCAGAUUAUUUUAACCAAGACAGACACAGUUUUCCCAAUAGAUGUGGCACGACGAGCCAUGCAAAUUGAAGAGAGACUCAAGGCAAACAAGUCUGUUGUUCAGCCUGCGGUGAUGGUAAGCUCAAAAUCUGGAGCUGGUAUCCGAAGUUUAAGAACAGUGCUUUCCAAGAUUGCUCGAUUUGUGAAACCAUAAAUGGGUUUUCCAUCUGGUGUAUUGUUACCUACUUUGGAGCUCGAUUAAUCUAGAUUAUCCCCCCAUAGAGCCCAUUCAGGGGAAGUGUUUCCUACCAAGGAUUUUUUCAUACGCAGGACUCGAAACAAAAACCUUUUGUGAUGGAAGGAACCAUCCGCUGCACUGCAUCCUUAUUCCUUGGUGGUUGAUGAAAUUGGUUGUUAUUGAAUAUUUUGAAGUAUUCCAAAAAUAUCAAAUCUUAUGUAUUAUAAAAAAAAAAUUAUUGAAAAUUUGCAUGGUUUACCUUCAUUUAUAAGGUUU